CGAGGAAAAUCAUUCCUGGUGUUAUUUAUGAAAAACAUCAUGCCUACUACAAAAUCAGUCUACGUAACAUCGGAUAAUGGCACAGAUUUGAAUAUAACUACUUCACCAAAUCUUAGUCCUUCACUGAAAUCUCAGAUAGACAGACAAAUUCAUGUUUUAUCAUAUGAGCAUGUCAUAUUACCGAGUUCAAUGGAACUAGAAAGUUUUAGGAAAGAGAAAAAGGCAAUUUUAUUUGAAACAUCAAAUGAUGUUUUUGUAAUAAGUCAUGACAACGGAAGUUAUUCAACUGGAAGUACAACCCAUAUCCCUUUACAUCAAUUGUCUACUGAGUAUAUAGUGAUAUCAACACCGCCGUCUAACAACUGGAAAAGCCAAUUGGCAGUAGCCGCUGUUUCUGACAACACAACUAUUUCAAUAACUUUCAAAAUGGAAACCAACACCCCUCUUUACAUUCAGGGCAAUAUUUACAGAAAUGGGGAUACGUUUAAUCUCACACUUGAUAGCUUUGAAACGUACCAGAUCGCACAUAGUACAGAUCUGACGGGAACAGUAAUUGAGUCUUCAGAUCCAAUAGCAACCUUUUCCGGUAACGAUUGCAAUACACUGGAGAACAUCGGUGCAUGCGAUCAUCUAAUUGAGCAAUUACCGCCAACAGAGAGCGUUGAUGACACUUAUAUUGUUCCUCCUUAUUCAGAUGAUAGAAGCACAAAGAUUCGUAUAACAGCCACAAAGAAGACCAAUAUUACAUACACCAUUGAGGAUGUAAUCCAAACACUGUCAUUAGAUGUUACCAAUACUUUUGACACACAUAUUUCAAGCACCCAAUCGUGUUUCAUUCACUCAGAAAGUCCAGUUUUAGUCACUAGCAUUGGACUGCAUUCUAGUAGUUCUGACAUGGGAGAUCCCUCGAUGACGAUAGUUCCUGGAAUAAACCAAUACCUUGAUUACUAUAAAAUUGUCGUCCCACAGGGAUAUAUUAACAAUUUUGUUUCUAUUAUGAUUGAUGCUUCAUCUCGAACAUCUGUUCAGAUAAAUGGUUUACCCGUACCAGAAAGUGCUAUAAUAUUUGAAGAGAAUAUAUCAAUUGGAAACGAUACAUACAAUGUAAGGUCAAUAACAGUUUCCCAAGGGGAAGUUACAGUUUCUACCACUGAUGGAAAAGGCUUUGGUCUUAUGUUUUCUGGUACCAAAAGAGACGAAGCAUAUGGUUUCUCUGGAAACUCUUUACUUCUCAAUCGUUUUAAGAAUAAAUCGUCCAUUUAGCUAAUCUUUAACCAGUGAAAUAUUUAAG